AUGCUUGAUCUAAGCUAGAAUUAAAUUAGUGAUAAUAGUGCAUCAGGCUUAGUUUCUGACUUAGGAAAUUGCAAAAAGAUCUCAACUUUGACACUUAAUCUAAGGUAUAAAAUCGGUUAUGAAGGUAAAUCAGGCUUAGGCUCUGGUUUAGGAAAGUGGACUAAUCUCUCAAAUUUGACACUUUAUCUAUAGGAGAAUAAAAUUGGUGAUGCAGGUGCAUUAGGCUUAGGAUAGGAAAGUUCAGUAAUCUCUCAUAUUUGGCACUUGAUCUAAACGAAAUCAUUAUCUAAUCAAAAUAAUUCAAAACAAAGUGCCUCAAAUCAAAAAAUUUAGUAGUCUUAAAAGCGUAGUGAUACAAAUUGUGAAAAAACUAGGAAAAUUUAUAAAAAUAUUUGA